AUGGUUGGUGGGGGGAUUGUGGGCUUCCGGCAGCUGCUGGAAGCUUGUAGGGAUAGUAAAUUUGUAGCUUUAGGUUUGGGGGAGAAUGUAGUGGACGGUUUUAAGCUGAGCCCGAUUGGACGAAUGUUGCGCAAUAAUCUGAGAGAUGAAUUUAGACGAGGGGAAGCUGGAACAGCGGUGUACGAAGGAAGUUCCGGGAUUCCGAUGCGGGAGAACCUGGGCUUUGUAAAGGAAACCUUCGAUCCGAAUGUACCGUUUGGAGUUACAAUUGAGGAGCGAUUUGCGAACGGGAAGGUUCCGUUGAAUGAUUCCUUCAACUUGAAUCUGGACCAGGGUCACACGCUCUCCUGCCGAUACCUGAUCAACCCGUCGACCUCCAGCGAGUUCAUGUACAAAGUCCAACGGCAGCGCAAGAUUUGGUGGAUGCGGUACGCGUGCGAUCCGGGCCGGUUCUUCAUUUCGGACCCCCGUCAGGACGCGGACACGCGCGUUCAAUCCGUCGCCAUCAAGAGUCGCCUUGGCGGAGAGGAACUAACGUUGGAGCAGCUGGAACUUGUUCCGGCGGACGCCGCUGCCCUCGAGGAAGAGCUGGGGGAUUUCCGGAUCAAGGUGGGCCGAACCAGCAGUAAAAGGAUCCGGCCCAGUGUGCUGCGGGUGCGUCAGUGCGUCGAAGUGGCCACGCUGCAAGUCGUGCUGGAUGCGUUUGAAAGUGGUGGCGAUGCGAGCGUGAGGAUUCACCGCAAGUUGGCGCCGUUCAAGUGUGGCAUUGUGUGUCUGUCCGACGACCCCGCCCUGAUGCCGGAGUUGCGCGACCUGGCCAAACACCUGUGCAACGUGCUGCGCAAAGCGAACCUUCCCGUGCUCGACUGCUCCGAGCGUAAUGGCGGUCGGUCCCUGGCCAAGCAGCUGCACCACCUCGACUCGAUUGCCGUCCCGUACUGCCUGCUGCUGCGCGACCAGUGUCUCCAGAAUGGUCUCUUUCAGCUGCGGUCUCGCGACACCACCCUCAGCGAAACAAUUCACAUCUCGGAUUUACCGCAAUAUUUAUUGAAAAUAGUAACAAGUUGAGUUUAAUAAAUAAAAAAGACACGCACGCAAGCUUAGAAGAAAUCACA